GCCUCCGGGUCUUGCAAAGCCCCUCAUUUUGGCAGAAGUUACAAUGUCGACCAACCGCAAAUUCAAGAGUCAUGGCAUGAGGAGGGGCAAGAACCGAGCUCCUCACAAGGGAGUCAAGAGAGGUGGCAGCAAAAGAAAAUACCGGAAGGGCAGUCUGAAGAGUAGAAAACGGGGAGAUGACUCCAAUCGCCAUUACCGCUCCCACUUGUGAUGCCACCCGCGGGCUCUGUCCUGGUGGACUUCACACAACGCCAGGCAGCGACGAGAGGACGACAGCCAGAGAAGAACCUAUCGUGUGGGUAAAAUGCCAAUCGUGACGAAAUGAGGAAUGUAUAUGUUGGCUGUUUCUCCUCAACAUCUCAAUAAAACUUUGAAAAGUUGGAAA